AUGGGCCCUGCUGGGUGUGAUGACGCCCACACCAUGGUGCCCAUGACGAGCAUCUGGCCAGGAGAGGACCUGCGCACCCUGGGCUCCCAGCUGGGGGCCUCCCGACAGCGGGCAGUCGAGGCGCUGGCCGCGUCGCCCGAGGUGCGGCUCGCGUUUGUCCGCUUCAAGGAGCUGUGCAGGCCCGGGCGCCUUGAGCCUUCGCGCGGACAGCUCCGUGAGCUGCUCGCUUCGCUGCUGCCACGGUUGCACGACGAGUACAAGCGGGAGGGCGCGUCGUCGGCGUCGUCAACGGUCUACGAGAAUGGGGACUGGGCCAGCGACAGGCACGCCGGGGCGCGGGGCGGGGACGAGGAUCCGGGGCUGCGCGGCGCGGCGAUGCACUUCCUGCUGCAGGUCGAAGCGUGGCCACGCUCGCAGCAGCAGAGGCGGCUCCGCGACUGGUCGUUUGGCGGGCGCAGCGCCGAGGGGCUGGCGGCCGUGUUGCUCCAGCUGUGGGCGUUGGACGACGAGGCGUGCCUCGAGACGGAGGAGGCCGUCGACGAGCAGCGCUGGACGGAGCUGUGGGGCGAAUGGCUCCAGCAGCAUCCGCCGUUGCCCGAAGCCGAAGCCGAGGGCUUCUUCGGCGAGGUGAUGAAGGGCAUCGGGGCCGCCCAUGUGGCAACGCCCUGGGAACCGACCAAGGCGUGGGCUGCGGUCGCGGCCGAUCUGCUCAAACCGAUACUCGCCGUCUCCAUUGUCGGCCUCGCCGUAAAGACCUACGCCGACGUCGCCGGGAGGCGCCGUGACGCCCGGCUGCUCGCCGCCGAGCGCGAUGCCGCCGAGCAGCAACGCCGCAACAACGCCCUCAUGGACGUCUACGGCGACCGCUCCAGCCUCGAGGCCCUAGAAAAGGCUGUCGAGUUUUACGAGAAGCGACGCUAG